UAAUUGUCGUGUACUGUUCGUUAGGACAAGCAGCCAUGGCUGGCCAUGACUCGGGAUCUCAGCACCAGUUCACUGGAUUUCAGAAGUACUUCAAUUCCUAUACCAACAUAGGCAGGAGGAAUUAUGUAAUAGCAACAUACACAAGUGUUGCACUCCUUGUCUUGUAUUUCAAGUUUAGGCCUAAGAAGCAAACUCCUGCUGUGACAGAUAAGUAAAAGGUUCCUGGCAUGUCUGAACCUCCAAUCUGUGUCCAUGUAAUGCAAGCUGAUGACCUCUUGUGGCUAAUAAAAUAUAAAUAAUUACUUGUUUUAUUGGAAAUACGAAAUAGUCUAAAAAA